AAUAAUUUGUAAAUAAAAGAAUUUAAAAAUGGUCGACAAAAUCGAAAUGAUGGUGGCUUCUAGCAAUGCAUCUCUUAGCUCGAAUGAAGAAGCUAAGGCAAAGAGCAAGUCUGUGUGCAUACUGCCUCCCCGUCCGGGCACAGCAGUGAUGACCUACCAGGAAUUGCAUAUACCACGGGAACAAUUGACGGCCGCCUUCUAUCCCAUACAGGAGGCCCAACGUUGGCUAACUUUGGUGGGGAAAAACGGUAAAGGUCAUCGCUUUCCCUUGCCAACAAUAUUGCCAAAAGUGAUACAGACCCGUUUUGUGCCCAAGCGACAUUUGCCCAAGGAUGUGGAAGUGGAUCGCCGUCGACGGCAAUAUCAGAAGAUAAAUCUCACCGAGGAACUGGAAAAGGCUGGUCUCACCGAUGAUGUGCUACAACCCACCGAGGAGCAAUACAAUGUAAUGUCCGAAUUUGCCUUUCCCCACAAGUUUCCCUUGAGCUUCUUCGAUGAUAGUAACUUCGAUAUAAAUUCACCGGAAGCCUGGUUUGAACUCGGCAUAGUGGGCGACACACAUUAUCCAUUGCCAGCCCGUGCCUAUUUGCCCUACAAUCUGAGUUUAUUAAGUUGCCAAUGGGUUUUGGCAGCUGUCACUUCCUAUAACAACGACACAGGUCUCUGGACCUUGCAUUCACUGGAAGACGAUUGCAUAUACGAGGUGCCAAAAUUGCAAUUUAUGUUCUUGGCCGAAGAUCCUCACAAGUAUAUCAAACGUCUGCGGGCGGCUGUCAAUGAAAGGCAUAAGGGAGAGCAACUUAUGUUGAUGGAAUUGAUUGUAGAUUGCGUCCUGCACGAGGACAUUGAAUCAACUAAUUUCUACAACUUCAAACCAGUCGAGGAUAUACUGCAGGCAUCUAAGGUAUCCGAACAAUGCAAAAGACGUCUUCGUUCUGAAGUUAAUUUGGUAUUCGAACGCCUAAUGGCUUUAUAUGAACUGGAACAGUUUAUUAUCAAAAUGCCCAAAGAGUUUCCACAAUUUCGUAAUAUUAAUCUUAAAGAAUUUGUGGCUCAAUCAUUUCGUGUGGAAUUCUCAGAGCAGGAGAGACAAAGAAUCAAAGCACUUCGUUUGGCCAUCGAGAAGAAACGUUAUGCCUAUCUCAAGGCCACAUUAUACUAUUGCAUUGGAGGCAUUGAGGCAAUGAUGGGUGUAGCCAUUGAAUGUCAAUAUAUUGAGACCCUUUCCAUUUUCACCUGUAGUUUCAGUAAGCCAUUGGCCUUAUCCGAUUUCCUGCAAUCUCAGGAAGCACAUAGUGAUAAUACGGCUACGUUUCUGAAGGUCUAUUGGCCACAGCAAAUAACCACAGUGAUCACUGUGACUCUAAGGGCAUUGGGCAAGGGUUGGCUGGAUAUUAGUUUCAACAAUUGGACUGUCUAUGAGAUGUGCAAAAUAUCAAGAUUUAUAUUACAAGUUAAAUUUCGCAUGCAAGAGUCUAUGGAGGUUUUGUUGGAGUCAUCUUUGAAUAAUUUUGCGCAUUUUGUUUGUGAUCCUUGCCUACAAUUCUUGAACCUGAAACCGCAUUAUAAAUGGACAAGUGAUUUUAUUGAAACCGAAUUUCCAUUUCCCAAACCCGUUUUCGCCAUGACCCUGAGCAUAAGUGAUGAUCGUAAAGUUUUCUACUCCACCGAUCCGGAUGAGUUUCUGCCCUCUUUGGUGGACAUUUUCAAAAGGGGUCUGGAAAAGAGCGCGGGGGUGCGUUGCAUAGAUUCCGAUGUAAUGACUGGGAUGAAAUUUGCCCCGAAUUUAUAUCUUUUAACGGUGGAGCUAAUUGAGGAUCGAUAUUUGGAACAAGAUGCUUUAAUACGAAAAUGUUACACAAAGUCUGUAAUACCACUGAGAGCUUAUGCUAAGCUCUAUGAGAGAUUCAUUGACUUCUAUCUCUUGCCAGUGAAUCAAUAUAUGACAGAUUAUGUUACAACGCGUAAACCCUCAUCCCAGGUCAAAGCCGACAUACUGGAACAUAAGCGACAAAAGGAAGAACUACGAGAAAUUCUCCCGGCGUAUAUAACCAUCGGUCCGUUUUACAUUAAUGUGGAUACAACGAAACAAAUUAUGAUUAAAAAACAUAUUGAAAUCAUACGACGUAUUUUCGAAUACUAUGUGGAUCGUAUGUACGAGACAAAUGAUGCAAUACUCGAUCGUUGUAUUGAGGUCCAUCGCAAAAUUGCCGAACGUCCAACCAGUAUUGAACAUUUGUACGAGAUUCGUGAUUAUGCCCUAACAGUGCCCGAAAUUGUCGAACAAUUACGGGCUGAUAUACAGAUCAUGUGGUUGGAAUAUGAUCUUUUGGAUAGUUUCUUCUAUAAUCUAAGUGAUCAUCAAUUUGCCAUGAAAUGGAAUGCCUUUGCCUGGCCCCAUCAGAUCACAGUGCGUUUAUCCACCCUCAAGGAAGAGCAGAAAAUUGAUAUUGAAGAGUUUCUGCGACAACAUGCCAGCGAGUGUCAGGCCUUUGAGGAGCGUCUGGAAUCCCUUAACGAUGAAGUUCAGGCCUUCUCCUUGGUCUUCAAGGCGGAUCGUGCCCAAGAGACCUCAGUGGAUGUGAAGAAAACGUUUGCCCUGAUUAAGGAACUAGAGAAACUCGGACAAACACUGCAAUUUCGCCAGGAAUUGUUUGAGCUGGAACCGUUGUCUACAGAAUUUCUGGAAAGUAUUGUGGCUAGCUUUUCGCCAUACAAACUCCUUUGGUAUGCCUGCGCGAAUUUCCAAAAAUUGGAGGAGGCCACUCUGGGUAAUCCGAUAGCUCAAGUCGAUUUGGAUGAUGUCUGGGCGCAUCUGAUGGAAUAUCGCAACGAUCUGGUUGAAUCGGUAAACAACUUCAGUGAAAAACCCGAAAUAAUGGAUGUGGCUAACAUUUUUAUUGGCAAAAUCGAUGAAUUUAUUCCUGUUUACAAUAGUGUCAAAGAUUUGCGCAAUGAAAAUUGGAUGUAUUUGCAUUGGGUCGAACUUAGCCAGUUAGUUGGUCAGGAUAUUAAGUAUACUGUGUCAAUGAACUAUCAGUAUUUGGUACGUAAAGGCAUUUUGGAUCAUCUACCGGAAGUGCAUGAUAUAUCUGUGAGGGCCAAUGAAGAGGCUGAGGAAAUACGAAGAGCUAUUGAAGAGGAGGAAAAAAAUAAACAAGCCGAAUUGGAUGCCUUGCUAUUACGAAAACAAUUGCGCAAAUGUCGCAGAGAUAUUCUUUAAAUUACAUUCACCACUUUGAGAUGCAGUAAUUCUCAAUUUGAACAAUAAAGAAAUUACACACUUAUUUGAA